CGCGCAUCGUUUCCAAACAAUACUCAGGAAAAAGCCACGUUGACGAUCCAGACAGAAGUGUAGUCCACAAUUUCGGGAAGAAUAAGGCAGCAAUCGGUUUGUCAGACGCUCUGGUUGCUUCCCGCCGCUGACUCAGGAUCAGAGCAGACAUGUCGUCGCCGCCGAAGGAGAAAGUGGAAACCAAAGGAGGACAUCUCCCUGCAGUAAAGGCAGGAGGUAUGAGGAUAGUACAGAAGCACCAGGCUGCUGCUAUUCCGGAGCCACCGCAGAAAGAUGAUGAUGAAGAGGAGUACGUCAGCAGCAGUCCACCAAAGGCCCCCAUGAUUGUGUCUGGAGUGGUUACAAAGGGUGAUAAGGACUUCACCCCUGCAGCUGCCCAGGUGGCCCACCAGAAGCCCCAGCCUUGUGUCCCCAAGCUGCCCUCUGUCCAGCACAUCAACCAGCACAUCCACCAGCCCCGCAAGUGAGCCACGCAGCAGGGCUACACCGGCUACGCUAACUCCACCAGCCGGCCUUCCUCAAUGGAACACAUAGGAUGAAGAUGUUUCCCCACCAGGCACAGAUCUCCUCUAAAUAAUCAGAGUAGUUGUUAGCCUGUUGCGUUACACAUACGUGGAAUUAAUCAGCAACAGACACCCAAUGCCAUUACAGCCAUUAUAGAAGUCCCACUCAUUACAGCCCAGCUGCAUUGGUGCUGCACUAUUAGUCCUGCACUUUUGGCAGCUGUAUAGUCUUAAGGAGGUAGAAAUGGAUGGAGGGUCUUCUAAAAUGGCUAUCACUCUAGGAUUAAACAAUAAUGAAGAAGCCGAUCUCAGAUCUGAGUCUGUGGGGGGAACUCUCACCCCAAGUGAUGUGCUGACCAAUACCACACACCACAGCAACCAGCCAAUCACAGCAACCUAUCAAUCAGGCCAACUAACCAACCAAUCACCUCACAGUGACGAGCCCAAGCUCCAGCCUUCUACCUAUGAUCUCUGCAGACCAAAAGAACCAAUCAGCAAAAUCAUGAGGUGGACAGCGGUUUUACAUUAUCAACGCAAACCAAAAAGCACAGCAAGCAGUUCUAAAUGGCAAAAACUCACUUUCGAUGUGUGUGUGUGUGUGUAUCACUUGAGACUGUUGCCAAAUUGCACGAGUACAGCAUGGACCAGAGUUAAAGUAGCUAACUACAUGACAGCAUUAACCAAUUAUUAGAGAUAUAGUCAUUUAUCAGCCUCCAAUUGAAAUUUGUAAAAUAUAUUCACCUCAGACGACAAAUUGGACAUUUUCAAUAUUAUAGAUGGAGAACCAAUGAGAUGCAAAGCCUUACCAAUUUCUGGCUGCGGCUGUCACUAACUAAGUAGCUAAUUGAUGCAUGUUGUUAGUGUCAUGUCUCAAGAUAGCUAGCUUCGGUUAUAGCAGAUGCUAAUAUAGCUUUUGGACCAUGACAAAACUUAUUUAGCUUUUACUACAGUUUCCUUCUGUGUCACUGUUCUGAGCUUUAUUUGAAUCGAGAGUGAGUCUUACUGAUCUCAGAUCUGCUCUCCACUUCUAUCUGCCUUGUUGGAGCUGCCCAUCCCUCCCUGGCAAUGAUUACUCAUUUUAAUGCAAACUCCACCUGCUCCAUCGUCUCCCAGCAGUGCCUCAUUCGCUUGGAUUUUAAGAUGUUUUUGUCUCAUUUGACUUGCAUGGAUUUAUAUUUUUUCUGCUAGAGUCAACUGGAAUGAAAAUGCAGCCAAAAAUGUAAUGAAAUCUAGAGAAUGCCAUUUACUGCAGUGUGCUUUUGUGUUUGCAUUAACAUUAGGAGUAAUGUACUUUCAUCACAAGUUGAACAAAGCAUUGCAGAGAAGCAGUUCAGAGAAUAUUGAGGCUCUUAACUGUAAGACGAAGGUAAUCGUUGCCCAAAACAGUGAUUUCUACAUUCCAUAGAAAUGUGUUUGAACAAAUGUGUCAAGUAUGUGACAGUUUGUCAGUGUACAAGGACAAUACAAUACAUUUAUUUCUACUUGCCAGGGUAUCUGCAAGUAUGGCUCGUUGCAUAUCAGGAAUCUGGUUCAGCCCCCAAAAUCCAGAUUGGCCUUUCCUUAGAAAUUAUGCAUAUCAACACACACACACACCACCCUUUUCCUUAAUCACCCAUCCCCUUACAGUCAAAUGUCAUUUGUGGCAACACUAAUGUUCAGGUUUCCAGGAAAGAAAGAAAUUUAUCUUGCCAAGAAGGAAUGAUUUCCUGUGUUAAUUUAAUUAAGUUUGAAAGAGUUUUUGUUUUUGCUUUGCUCAGUUCUUUUUCUUGAGUAAAUUGUUCAAAUUGUACAAAUCUUUAGUCGUUGAGUGGACUUAGGUAUUAGGUGUGGUUGUUAUAGUAAAUAAAGAAAUAGACUAUCUUAAAAAUGCCUUUUUGUUUUAUGCUUGUCUGUAUUUGAAUAAAGUGAGGGAUGACUGGA